AUGGCCACCACAGCUACUCGCACCUUCGCCCGAGCGGCCUUCCGAUCUACACCCGCCACAUCGGCUUUCAAGACUUCUUCCCGCAAGACAGCUUUCUCUCUUCCCCGCCAGACAUUCCGCCAGCAAUCCCGGCGCGGAUAUGCCUCUGAACCAGCAGCCAAAUCUUCAUCCACCGGCCUGAUCCUUGGGGUCGGAGCUCUUGCAAUUGCAGGCGGCGCCGGUUACUACUAUUACUCGCAAGGCAACGGCUCUAUCUUCUCUGGAUCUGCCAGUGAAACCACGGGUGUCUUUGUACCAAAGCAGGAGGACUACCAGAAGGUGUAUAAUGAGAUUGCGGCGCUGUUGCAAGAUAAGGACGACUACGAUGAUGGGAGCUAUGGCCCGGUCUUGGUGAGAUUGGCGUGGCAUGCGUCAGGGACGUAUGAUAAGGAGACGGGUACUGGUGGCAGUAACGGAGCCACAAUGCGCUUUCAACCGGAGGGUGACCAUGGUGCCAAUGCUGGUUUAGUCACUGCGCGAGACUUCCUGGCGCCGGUUAAGGCCAAGUUCCCUUGGAUCACCUACUCCGAUCUCUGGAUCCUCGCUGGUAUUUGCGCCAUCCAAGAAAUGCAAGGCCCCACCAUCCCAUACAGACCUGGCCGCAUGGAUAAGGACAUUGCAGCUUGCACACCCGAUGGACGUCUCCCAGAUGCUUCGCAAGGAAACAAGCAUCUGCGUGGUAUCUUUGGCCGUAUGGGAUUCAACGACCAGGAGAUUGUUGCCCUAUCUGGAGCACACGCCUUGGGUCGUUGCCACACUGACCGCAGCGGUUUCGAUGGUCCAUGGACUUUCUCCCCAACCGUUGUGACCAACGAAUACUACAAGCUCCUUUUGAACGAGAAGUGGAACUGGAAGAAGUGGAAUGGUCCUAAGCAGUACGAAGACAAGACCUCCAAGACCCUAAUGAUGCUUCCUACCGACAUGGCGCUCGUUUCUGACAAGGCUUUCAAGCAAUGGGUCGAAAAAUAUGCCAAGGACGAGGGACUCUUCUUCAAGGAUUUCGCAGCCGUUAUCACCAAGCUUUUCGAACUCGGUGUUCCUUUCGAUGAGACUACUCAACAGACCCCAAUGACCCUCAAGCCAACCGCAAACUAA